AUGGAGGACACAGCCGAGCCAGUGCCAACGGGUAUCUCAGAUAUGACAUUGGCAACUGAUGAAGCAAGUGAUCAAGGAUUUCCUCCAUUAAUGCCAACAGGUGAUAGUCAUUUGCCGAAUGACGGACUGGCAAUCAUGUCACAUGAUGCAGCGCACUCUCCGAUUGAUUCGUUGCUUAGGGAACGUGUCCCUACUACGCCAGUAUCUAUUGCACCUGUUACUCCGGUAGGAAUACCUGGACCAUUGGCUCAUGCUACGGGCGUGCCCAGCCCAUCAACACCAAUCUAUUCACCUCACUAUCAUCAAGCAAGCCUCACCCAGAACCUUCAGGUUGUCGAUGCCAGGCAGUUGACGAUUAAUCAGGAUGCAUCUCCGAUGGUCGCCUUUGCCGCCGAGGCACGACACAAUCAGAUUAUCGGCGAAUUGGGAGCAGAACAUCAGGAGCAGCUCCGUGCAAUGUACAAUAGUGGGCUUGCAGAGGUGAACAAGUUGAGGAACGAAUUAGGCAAUGCUAACAUUGCGUUGUCGAUUCAGAGGUCUGAAAUGGGUCAAGGUGAAGUUCGUUUCCAACAAACCGAAAGCGCGAGGGAACUCGCUGUCAUUGAAGCCAACCGGCAAGCGGAAGCUGCCCGUAGAGCUUUAGAGGAAGCUAACAGCAAUGCCAGGCGCCUUCGCGAAGUGGAAACUUCUGCCCGUCAGAAUGAUGCAAUGCGAUCCCAUGAGGUCGCUGACAUGUCAUCUCGGAUGGAUGAACUGAUGAGGCAGCUUCACGCCCAGCGUCAGCAGACAGAGGUAUUGAUUCAGCAGAAUAGUGCAUUAAGCUCCAGGGUUCGAGAUUUCGAAGCUAGAGAUGCUGCUUUGAGGAUUCAAGAGGGAAUUCCACAAGGGCCUCCACCCGGCAUUCCCGUGCAUCCCAUUUCCACCCCGAAGCAUGGAGGUGACACUCCUACGGAACAGGCGACGGACGCCGGGAGGCGAACCCCUCCAGAUGGCUCCAGCCCAGGUGGCGGUGGUGGUGGCGGCGGGCCUGAUGGCAACGGCCCCAGCGGAGGCGAUGAUGAUCAUGAUCGUCGCAGUCGGAAGCGAGAUCCUUCGUCUUCCCCUUCUAGCUCUAGCAGUAGCUCCGGUGAUUCGAGUUCUUCAUCAUCCCGCAUUGAUAGGAAGACCAUGAAGAAGCUCCUUAAGCGGAUGAGUGAAGCUGUUGGUGACCCUAUUCGUUUCGACGAUAAUCCGAUGCUCAUCAACAUCCCACCUGACGGAAAGAUGUUGCCGACAGAACCCGAGACACGGAGGUACUUGAAGUCCUUCGGUGGGGAACCUCCUAGACCUAGUCAACAGGACGUCAAAGAUGCACUGACGACUGCCAGAAUGCUUAAAGCAACUCUGGAUGCAUAUGGUUCCGGGAUAAGGGCUAAGUGUGGUUAUGAGUGUGACACGGAAUUCGGUUGCGACAAGUGCAUUCCGAAACACAUUGAAGCUACCUGUGUUGCAGCUACCAAAGCGGAAGCCCAGCAGCUCGACAUUGAGUGGAUCGCGGAUACCGGCAGCGCCCAGGACCUGGUUUCACAGGGGGAUCUCGGAUCUUUGAGAAGCCAUCGUUCCCAAAAUCCUAUCGGUAUUGUGACGGCUAAUGGGCCUAGCACUGCUGAGAUUCAGUCCAACAUCGCAGAUUACGUCCCCUACCUCAAAUCGUGGAAGGAAGGUGUGGCGGUACCUGCGAGGCGGAAGCCCCAGCCCGAUGAGGACCAUAAGAAUGAUUUGGUUCUUUCGCUUGAAGAGGCUGAGGGAUAUGCAAGGGAACUUCGGAUCAACGGCGACUUUCGUCUGGGAUCGUGUUACAAACUUUUGAAAUUGACACCAUUCAAGUCUACAGGGAAUUCGAGGAGAAUGAAAGCUACUGAAAAUGACGACUCGGUUGAAGAUGAAGUUGGCAGGGACUACAUAAUCAUCGGCGCUUGGAUUUUUAGCGGUAUGACUGGAAUCACAACUUCUGUAGACCGUCAUGCUCAGCUGACCAAGUACCUGAUCGCCUUCAUGAAGUCAAGAGGGUUGAAAGAUACCUUUACGUCCAUCUGCAUCAACCAUGGUGGCAAUCGCCGGGUGCAUCGAGACUUGUUGAAUCAUGAUGACUCGCUCAAUCACACUCUAGGCGUUGGAAGCUAUCAUGGUGGUUCCGUAUGGGUUGAGCGGAAGGACGACACUCCCGUAUUUCGCAGAGAAGGUGUAGCUGGUGGGAAAUCAAAGUGCGUCAAGGUUACGGGGGGACUCGAAGUCAAUGGAAGAGUAUACGACACUCAUGAUCGAAUGUUAUCCUUCCACCCCAAGCUUUGGCAUCAGGCACAGCCUUGGACAGGUGAUCGAUGGACCAUCACUGCAUACACGAUUCGGGAUGUAGACGGGUUGAGCUGGGAAAAGUCAAAGUCGCUAAUGUCGCUUGGGUUUCAGUUGAAUUCAUCAAGACGGUUACCAUUUGUUCCAUCAUUGAUUACCGGCGACAGCGAUGAAGAGCUCACACUUUACGACUUUGUGAAGAAGAAGAAGAAAGCCGAAGCCGAGAAAGAUAAGGUUCCUGAACCAGCUCCUCCUCUGAUGAAGAGUAAGGCCAAGUCUAAGCCCAGCAAGCCUGAUGCCGGGCGGAAGCCUGAGCCCGAGCCUGAAAAGGGUGCAGACAUGUCUGAUCUUUUUGAUAUUGAGGAGCAUUUCGAUGAAGCCGGGGAGUUGAAAAGUGCCGAGGAUCAGCCACCUCCUCCUCCUGAUUAUACGGAGUACUUUCCUGAUGAAGGUGUUAUUGUUCGCCAUCAUAUGCAGCCUCGCAAAGCCAAGUAUGCUGUUAGCGCUGCGGAAGCAGACGUCUUGAACAUCGGCGACCUGCGGUUGACCGAACGUCAGCUUCUUGGAAGUACUUCUGCAGAAGAACAAUGGGAUGAUGGUUUCCGGGGGGGUAAGGCUUCGGGACUUUGGACGGGAACCACUUACUUGUUUGAUCGUGGUAUUGAUAAGCAUCAUGCCGUGGCUGCUGUUAAGCGCAUUCGUGACAAGAACACAGCUAAAAAGGAAGCUAGGAAACAGGCUUUCUAUGACAUCAGCCAAUUGUCGAGUGGCACCGGAUGCAUGAAACAACCCGUCAACAUCAUCGAGUAUGACAUGAAGUCUUUUCUUGAACAAGCUGUACAAAAGUACAAAGACCUUGCUGGCCCCAAGUAUCACACUCUCAAGUCAGCCUCUACUCCUUUCGCCGACGAGAAGAUCGCGAGGCCCAUCGACGAUGAGGCCGAGGCAAAGGGAUGGCUCGUUAUGAUCUUUUACGGGCUGUUCAGGGAUUGGCAAGCAGAGCCUGCUUCGCCAAUCGUCGUGCCGGACAACCUCGAGAAGAGGAUCGAGCCCGAGAACAACGGGGUUCUCAUCGAAUGGGGACAUGAUCCGUCGUUCUCUCUGCUCGGAAGGGCAGACGAUAGUGGUAGCGGUAGCCCAUCUGUCGUUCGGGUCACUCAUAGCAUGGACCUUAACAGUACUCAGACGAGUAGGGACUUGCUCAAGGUCGUCAAAGGCUAUGCCAAGUCGAAUGUUCCCAUUACCGUUUGGGUUGACCUGCGCUUUGCGGGGGGUCCUGAUGAUCGCAAACACUUUGGCAAGCUAUGGUCUUCUUUCGUCAACUUAAGCACCGGAUUGGAUUUGAAUAACUGCCAUUACGUCGUUAUUGCUCCCUGGGAUCAUUUCUCAUGGAAGAUGGAUCGAGUUGUCAGGUGGUGUUCCAAUCAUGAGUGUACGAGUUUUGAACUUCUUGAUGGCGAAAGAUCAGGCAAUUUAGGUCAUUGGAGAUUGCAUACUUCCUACAAGAAUUUGCCAAUUGAAGUGAUGAACUAUUUUCAUGGCUGUAAGCUCAAGAACAUUUCAGAGCCACAAUUUCCUGUUCGACAAGCUGCUGUUGCGGUACAAGUUACUCUGAGCGAAGAUCCAAUAGGAAGCGCAGCAGUGAUGGCAUCCUCUUUGCCCACCGUUUCUCUGGAGGAGCGUCGCCGACGCAUCGAACCGGCAUAUUUUAAGGAUGCCUAUGGCGUUGUGAAGGAGGCGUACCAGUACAAGCUGGUGGAGCCUGCGGAGUCUGAUCCGCCAGAGGCCAUUUUCCUCGGCCGUAUCCGAAACGGCGAGUGGAUUGGUCUGCGGAAGCAGUACCCCUACGCAGGUUUUCCCCUCCUGUACGAGAUGUGGCACCGCCAUUUCAACAGCCCGGCUCAUCAGGGAAUGCCGAUUGAGGGCUUCGAGCUCCAUGGCGAUUCCCUCCUGACGGAGUGGACAGAACUUGUCAAAGCUUAUCUCCGCGACCUGGCUUAUGUGGGGCAUGCCACAAACGCCGAACGGGCUCUCAAGGCCACUGAGCCGUUUGAUGUCUGUCACAGAGCGUAUGUGCUAUCCCAGGAAACCCUGGGCUACCACGAGUUAAUGCCAGCUGCCACGGCGUUGUUAGACUCGGUGUAUACUCCAGCCCUCCGAAGAAUCGAGCAUCAAGAGCAACCAAGCUCGUAUUUUAUUAUCGGAGGAGAUAGCUCUCUCGCGUUGGUGACCCGCGGCGACGGUGGACGCGUCCUGAUGAAGGGGACGAUGGAACCGUCACUCCGGGAGGAGAUGACCAAGGACAUUCGCAUGGAUGGAUGUUCGGUCGUCAUGCGCUGGGGAAAAGGACUUGGAGACAUCGUGUGGCACGUGGAACAAGAGCUCAACCGAGUCCAGAAGUGGAAGAACGGCCAGGAACCGCUCGCACCGGAAGGUGUCGACAUUAUCAUUCAAUGGGGUGGUAAUGACGUCUAUGGCGAGUAUGGUUACAAAGGCUUUUCCUUCCACAUGCGCAAUGCGUGGGUUCGUGUUGAUGAUGCAUUGCAUGACACACUUUCCAAUUGGGAGACCAAGGGACGCAAGGCCGUCGAGGACCCAAAAGAUGCCCUGGUCCGUCUCUCAUCCCGGAAGGGAGUGUCCUCUGUCACGUUGGUGGCUGGCCCCCACAAUGGGGAAUUCUAUGGUCUCCCGGAGGUCUAUGACCUGGAGAUGGCACGCCAUUCCGAUGAGUUGAAGGAGCGAGGGAUCCGCAUCGUUGAUCCCCAGGCUCACAUCCUUACGACAGAGCGUUACGAUGGGUUUCACAUGGAGGCUACCCACGACAAUGUGAAGGUAACCGCCCGCUGGUUCUUUCACCUUUGCUCUGCAAUCAUGUUCGAGCGGUGGCUUGUGAAGCACGCGAUGGAACUUAAGGCCAAUUCGCGUGGUAUCCUCUUUCACAACCACUUUCACCUCGGACUCGGCUUGGAAGAGCUCGACAUCCCUCCUACCACGGACUUGCUCAUUCCGGCGGAAGCUGAGAUGGUGACUUUCCCACCUGAGGCACCGCCCGUGCAACGUUUCCCAGAGGAGGAGAUUGUCUUGAACCAGCCGAUCUUCAGCUUGGAAAAGCUUGACGAGCUUGAGGGUGUACCGCCCACUGACUAUGUCAAUGAAGUGGCAAAAGAAUCAGAGGAGCUCACGGUUGAGGACGUAGUGUCUCGUAACCCGAAUCCGGAGGACGAGCACCUCACCGUGGAAGCGGUUGACCCCGGCUCGGAGAUGGAACAAAUCGUUCGAAAAAUGAUUGAGUCGGUGAACCUGGUGAUGACGGAUAAGGAGGCUGAAGAGGUCGCCCAGGAGACGGGUGUUGCUCCAUACGAGUUUGUUGAGCCGAAUGUCACAGCUACAUCUGUCGUGGAUGGUGAGGCAGUCUCUACGAUUGCUACUUCCGACAUCCCGACGGAAGUCUGGGACUCUGGUCCGAUGGCUGUGGACUACGGCGCAGAUGACGAAGUGGAGCAUCCCCGCGGAAGUGGUGGACCCAUCUGGCUUACACCGGAUCAGCUACCUGAUGUCAAGGGUCGCAUGGGAUACUUUCGCCUCAAUGAGAUGGAGUGUGUUUCGUUGGGCAAAAAGCUGUCGUGGCACCUGCGUGGGCAUGCCAAGGACAAGGGGUUCCGCACUGUUGAGUUCGACGAAGAGCAGUCAGCAGAGAUUGGUGAUGUCUUGAAGGUCAUUGGGAAACAGUGGUCCCGCCUGACGGUGAUGACCAUUAUUGACCUGUUGACGUCCGAUCACUGUGACAAAGCACGGUUCGAACUCCAGGCGGAAGCCUUGGACGAGGAGACACGGUUGGGCCGGGGAACAAACUGGCACUUUACCCGUGUCCGAGCAUUCCAAGGACACAACGCCUGCUUGCUCGUCCUCGGCAGUGACCCGCUGAAGACCACUGUCAAACAGUGGGCCCUCGAUGAUCAAUGGAUCCCGUCCUAUGUUGAUCUACCGAUCACGGGUCCAUAUCCUUAUCGGGCAACGGCCUUCGAUCUGAUGCCAAAGCUGGCGUACCACGCCACAUACUGGCGAAAUUUCAUCAAGAUCGUCAACACAGGCCUCAUCCCGGGAGGGAAAAUGACCUCGAAGGGCAACAGCGGGAGGCCCUUCAACAUGUUCGCGAUGGAGCCUCAGUGGGAACGCACCUCCAAUCAGGGUGUCCGCCCUGGCGCGCAGCUGGAAUUUGUGAUAGACUUACAGCUCGCUGCUUGCGAUGGCUGUCGGUUUUUCGAGACAAAAGCUGGAGCGCUGCAGACGCCGGAUUGGAUCAGCAACCGGGCCAUUCUGUAUGCAUAUGACCGGUCGACUCAGGAGAUGAUCUGGGCGAACCGAGCAUACGAACCAGCGCGGAAGCGCUUGGCCCAGGCGUGCAAAGACAAGAGCCUCAACACGCCCAUUUAUGGCGAGCGGGGUCACCAGGAACUGAUCGAUGCAAACGGCUAUUGCUUCAACUACCUCGUGGCAGGCCUAGGGUAUCGCAAUUUCGACACCUGGAAAGACGCCGCUAAGGCAUGCAAGGAUGUCUACGACCUUGAUUUCUACCCAACAAGCAUGUGUGGUCUAGACAUUCGCAUCCCGGAAGGGCAUGCCUUGCAGGGCUCUGAGUCGUUGUACAAAAUGGUGGUUCACGUGGCUCCGAAGCACCCUCAUCAGAGAUGCAAUGAUGAAUCGGAUUGGCGCCGCCAAGAGAAUGUCAGCAUUCCUUCUUUUGCUUGCCCGAGCUGCGGUACAUCCAACGUUGAUGGUACAAUCUGCUGCUAUCGAUGUGAGUCUCGACUGGAGCCGCACUCAGAUGUGAGCAUGGCCUUGGAGAACACCCGUGCAAAGCAAGUUGCCGCCCGGAAGGGUGAGCCCCUGGAUUACAGGGCAUUGCAACCGAGCGGGGAGGUCAACUCCAAUCGGGCCACGGGCAACAAGAGGGAUAGAAGUGCUGGCUCUGGCCCAGCCGCUGUUCGCCAGCAGGCUGCUAAGUACCUCGGAAAGGCCUUAAAGGCGGGUUCUCGCACUGUUGUUGAGCGUCAGUCUCGUGAUCCGUUCACGGCCUACAACAAUGCAAGAUUUGGCAUAUCCAUCACGGGGCUUGAGCAACUCAUGAUUUUCGCCCGAAUGAGGAUCGCCAACCCGCCGAGGUCACGCCAGAUGAUCCAUGACCGCACUGGCUUUGACGGCGCAGCGAAGGUGAGCUUCUCAUUCCCACCGGAAGGUGAGGACCUGACACUUACGGACCACUGCUUUGUGGCGUUCGUGGACAGGUUCUAUAAGCUUGACGAAGCCGCCUUGCUAGCGUUUGCCGUCCAUCGCAAUGGCUACGUUAUGGACAUACUGGGCUUCAGCGGUCGCAUCUUGAAGCCGACCGGUCCAGUGGUACAGAUCUUGGCUAGGAUUGUGGGAUUCUUCCAAGACGAGGUACGAUAUGCAGUUGAGCGCGGCGAACAGGUGCCUGAGCUGGUCUUACCUGCCAAUCAGGAACUCCGCGUCCCGGAAGGGCUCGCCUCUCUUGGGGACAGACAGCUGAACGAGCUUCUCAUCAACACGAAGUUCGCGAGACAGCUCCCCGGCGCCAAGGGCGUCAAUGAGAGGAUCGGAUAUGCCUUUCGAGCAGGGCGGACGGAGAUCAGAGGCAGAUCAGCUCAGCCACCGAUUCCUAAGGCGAGGCCUACUACUCGAGCGACUGGCAGUGCACAGCGAGCUGGCUCAGUUCCCCCGAAGCCACGAGCGCGCCCACGCGACCCUUCUCCGGGAGUGGCAGCUACCCGUCUGCGGCCAACCGAGCCCAGCUAUCCGCCACCCGGAAGGGAUGUGCCAGGAUCGUCAACGGAUGCACCGAUGCGUCCGCCCGAGCCAAAAGGGCCUCCACCAACGACCUUGGUUGUCGAUUCAAGGGGGAACCCUAUUGACCCAUCGCAGUCGCGCCGACCGUACUUUACCCGGCAUGAUGCGCUGCUUUGGGCUCGCCUCAAGGCUUCUCGGGACAAGAACGUUCCCAGAGGAAUGGAAGAUCGUGCGGUACCGGCUUUUCACGAUUUGAACGACUUCCACCUCCUGGCACCGGAGCAUGUGGGCUACUUCCUCGCUGGCUGGAAAGAGACCCAAAACGGGAUCCGCCUGUACUGA